GAUAGGUAGCCAGCCAUGAGCCAGGCUGCUCCUCAGCCUUCCAGCCCUCCUUUUCCAUAACUUGAUUCCCCCGCCACUAACCAGUCAGCUCUCUCUCUCCCUCCCUCCCUCCCCCCUCCCUGGCAGGAGGGGGCUGAUCCAACUUGCUUCAUUCCCCCUCCUCCUCCUCCAGGAGGCAGACACACCUACUCCAGCUCCGGGCAGAGCCUUCCUGUAGCACCAGCCUGCCGGGCACUUCAGCCCUGGGAGAGGGGGUGGACGCAGGGGGCACCCCUGGGACGCCCUGCCCCCCCUUGAAGGACACAGCCAGGAUUUCUGAGACCUUUCCACCAUGACUGUUGUCCUGCUGGGGUUGGCUGUGUGGUCCAUCCGAUGGGUCAGCAGCGAAGCAACCCCCCCAGAGGGCACCCCGUCCCUCCCCACCUGGCGCUUCACGCACCCCCUCUACAACGUCUCCAUCUACGAGAACUCGGCUCCCAAGACGUACGUGGAAAGCCUGGUGAAGAUGGGCAUCUACCUGGCGGAUCCCCGCUGGAGCGUGAGGUACCGGAUCCUCUCGGGGGACGCAUCCAAUGUGUUCAAGACGGAAGAGCACGUGGUGGGAAACUUCUGCUUCCUGAGAAUCCGGACCAAGAGCAGCAACACGGCCCUCCUGAACAGGGAGGUGCGGGAUGCCUACCUCCUCAUCAUCCAGGCGUGGGAGAAGUCCUCAGAGAUGGAGACGUUCACCAGCGUGGCCGUGCACAUCCUGGACCAGAAUGACCUGAAACCCCUCUUCUCCCCGCCUUCCUACAGAGUCACCAUCGCCGAAGAUGCACCCCUCAAGAGCCCCAUUUGCCAAGUGACGGCCACCGAUGCCGACCUGGGCCGUAACGCUGACUUCUAUUACGCCUUGCACACCAGAUCCGAGGUGUUUGCCAUCCACCCCACCAGCGGCGUGGUCACCGUGGCCGGCAAACUCAACGUCACCUGGAGGGGGAAGCACGAGCUCCAGGUCCUGGCUGUGGACCGCAUGCGCAAGCUGACGGAGGGCAAUGGCUUUGGGAACGUGGCCCCCCUGGUCAUCCAUGUCGAACCCUCUUCCAGGAAGCCCCCGGCCAUUGUGUCGGUGGUGGUGACCUCUCCCCACGGCAAUGACGAUCCCAGCUAUGCCACGGUCACCGUGGAUGGCGCAGGGGCCGAGGUGGAAUCUCUGGAAAUAGUCGGUGGUGACCCAGGAAAGCACUUCAAAGCCGUCAAGUCCUAUGCACACAGCAACCAGUUCCAUCUGGUAUCCACCAGGGACAUCGACUGGGUGGUGUAUCGCCACGGGUUCAAUCUCAGCCUCCAGGCCCGGAGUGUGAGCAGACCUUUCCAUUCACACAUCAAGCCUUUCCACCUCCCACCGGCCACGCUGGCCUCCCUCAGAUUCGAGAAGGCUGUGUACAGGGUCCAACUUCACGAGUCCUCUCCUCCUGGGAGUCGGGUGGCCCUGGUGAAAGUGACACCGGCUGUCCCCGCCUUGCAGUAUGUCCUAAAGCCAUCCCCCGAUAGCUCGAGCUUUAAACUGAACACCCACACUGGGUUGAUCACCACCACCAAGCUCCUGGACUUUCAAGAUGGUGCCCAGUACCAGUUGCACGUCAGGACCUCGGUGGGCGUGGCCUCCACCACAGUGGUGAUCGAGGUGGUGGAUGGUAAUAACCACGCCCCCGUCUUCAGCAGGUCUUCCUACGAGGGCACGGUGGAGGAGAACCUCCCUGCGGGCACCCCGGUUCUGACUGUCACAGCCACCGAUCAGGAUCUUGGGGAGAAUGGUUGCUUCACUUAUAGCCUUGUGGGUCCCCAAGCAGUGCCGUUUGCCGUCGAUCCUUUCUCAGGGGUCAUCUCCACCACCAAACCCAUGGAUUACGAGCUCAUGAAGAGGAUUUAUACCUUCCGCGUGCGGGCUUCAGAUUGGGGGUCUCCAUUUCGCCAAGAGAAAGAAGUCUCCGUGUCCAUCCGGCUCAAGAACUUGAACGACAACCAGCCGAUGUUCGAAGAGGUCAACUGCACCGUGUCGCUGCGCCAAGACUCGCCGGUGGGCAGGUCGGUGAUGACCAUGUCAGCCAUCGACGUGGACGAACUCCAGAACCUACGCUAUGAGAUCGUGUCGGGCAACGAGCGGGAGUAUUUUGAUCUCCAUCAUUUCUCCGGGGUGAUCUCCCUCAAGCGGUCCUUUACGAAUCUCACAGCUGGCCAGCCCAGCAGCUAUUCCUUGAAGAUCACAGCCACCGACGGCCAACACUACGCCUCGCCCACCACCGUGAAUUUCACCGUGGUGCAGAACCCCCGUGUGGAAGUCCCAGCCACCUGCGAGAAAACAGGGGUGCUGACGCAUUUCACACAGACCAUCCUGCAUUCCGUGGGCCUCCAGGACCAGGGGCUCAGUGAGGAAGAGUUUGUGUCCCUGAGCACCUAUCAGAUCAACGACCACGCCCCCCGAUUCGAGGACCAUUUCCCCCAGUCGAUCGACGUCUCGGAGCAGGUGCCCAUCAACACGCCCUUGGCCCACCUGGCUGCCACUGACCCGGAUGAGGGCUUCCAGGGCAAACUAGUCUACGGGAUUGCAGAAGGCAACGAUGAAGGUUGCUUUGACCUUGAGUUGGAGACGGGGUGGCUGAGGGUGGCCGCCCCGCUGGACUAUGAAACCACCAGCUUCUACGUGCUCAAUGUGACCGUGUACGACCUGGGCACCCCUCAAAAGUCAUCCUGGAAGCUGCUGACGGUGACCGUACAAGAUUGGAAUGACAACGCGCCUCAGUUUCCCCCGGGGGGGUACCAACUCACCGUCUCCGAAGACACAGACCUUGGAACCAGCAUCGCGGAGUUGCAAACCCACGAUGCUGACUCUGAGGACAAUGGUAGGGUUCGCUACACCCUGCUGAGCCCCACGGACAAAUUCUCCCUGCACCCUCACACUGGGGUGCUGGUGGUCACGGGUCCCCUCGAUCGGGAAUCAGAACCCCACUAUGUGCUCAAGGUAGAAGCCAGGGAUCAACCCAAGAAAGGCCAUCAGCUCUACUCGGUCACCGAUUUGAUCAUCACCCUGGCGGAUACCAACGACAAUGCCCCCCAGUGUGUCCCCGAACCCAGCCGCCUGAGGGUCCCCGAGGACCUGCCCCCCGGGACCGUGUUGACAUUCUUGGAUGCCUUCGACCCCGACCUGGGCCCCGCAGGCCAAGUGCACUUUGUCCUGUUGGAUGAUGUUCACGGAACCUUCCAGAUCGACCCACUGACGGGGGCGUUGCGUCUGGAGAGAGAGCUGGACUUUGAGAGGCGGCCCGGGUACAACCUGAGCUUGUGGGCGAGUGACGGCGGCCAGCCCCUGGCCCGCAGGAUGCUCUGCCACGUGGAGGUGACCGUCCUGGACGUGGAUGAGAACCUGCACCCUCCUCGCUUCGCCUCCUUCGUGCACCAGGGCCACGUGCAGGAAGACAGUGCGCCUGGGACGCCGGUCAUGCAGGUGCAAGCCCGGGAUGACGACCAGGGCGCCGACGGGGAGCUGCGGUACUUUCUGCGGGCUGGGAGCGGCCUGGACGCCUUCAGUAUCGACCAGGAUACAGGAAUGAUUCAGACUCUGGCACCCCUGGAUCGAGAAUUCGCCCCACACUACUGGCUGACAGUGCUGGCUGUGGAUCGGGGUUCGGUCCCCCUGUCUUCUGUCACCGAGGUCUACAUUGAGGUGACGGAUGUGAAUGACAAUCCGCCCCGAAUGUCCCAAGCCGUAUUCUAUCCUUCCGUCCCAGAGGACGCGCCUCUGGGCACCUCUGUCCUACAGCUGGAUGCCUGGGACCCAGACUCCAGCUCGCAGGGGAAGCUGACAUUCAACAUCACCGCUGGAAACCAUGCGGGAUUCUUCCUCAUCCAUCCUUCCACAGGUCUCCUAUCUACUGCCAGGCCGCUGGACAGAGAAAGCAAGGAGGAGCACAUCCUGGAGGUGACCGUGCUGGACAAUGGGGAACCCCCCCUGAAGUCCACCUCCAGGGUGGUGGUGUGCAUCUCGGAUGUCAACGACAACCCACCCGUGUUCUCCCACAAGCUCCUCAAUGUCCGCCUCCCAGAGAGGCUGAGCCCCGUGUCUCCUGGGCCUGUGUACCGGCUGGUGGCUUCAGACCCCGAUGAGGGUCUCAAUGGCAGUGUCACCUACAGUAUCGAAGAGAGCGAUGAGGAGGGCUUCCGAAUCGACCCGGGCACUGGCGUGGUCUCAUCCAGCAGCCCCUUUGCAGCCGGAGAAUACAACAUCCUCACGAUCAAGGCAACCGACCAUGGGCAGCCGCCACUCUCAACCAGCGUCCGGCUACACAUUGAGUGGGUUCCCCAGCCCCGGCCGUCACCUAUACCCCUCGUCUUUGAGGAAGCCCAGUACAGCUUCACCGUCAUGGAGACCGACCCUGUCAACCAUAUGCUAGGGGUGAUCAGUGUAGAAGGCAGGCCCGGCCUCUUCUGGUUCAACAUCUCAGAUGGUGAUGAGGACAUGGACUUUGACAUCGAGAAGACCACAGGCAGCAUUGUCAUCGCCAGGACUCUGGAUGCCAGGAGAAGAUCCAGCUACAACUUGACGGUGGAGGUGACCGAUGGAUUCCACACCAUUGCCACUCAGGUCUACAUCUUCAUGAUCGCCAAUGUCAACCGCCACCGGCCUCAGUUCCUGGAGCCCCAUUAUGAGGUGCGGGCCCCUCAGGGCACCCGCGCUGGGGUGGAGCUCCUUCGAGUCCAGGCUACGGAUGAAGACAAGGGCAAGGGCCUCAUCUACACCCUCCAGGGCAGCCAAGACCCAGGAAGCGCCGGCCUCUUCCAGCUGGACCCCGGCAGUGGCGCCUUGGUGACGGUGGGAAAGCUGGACCCGGGCACCGGUCCCUCCCAGCACACGCUGACAGUGAUGGUUCGAGAUCAAGAGAUGCCCAUUAAGAGGAACUUUGUGUGGGUGACGAUUCACGUGGAAGACGGAAACCUCCACACGCCCAAGUUCACGCAGCCUCAUUACGAGGCCAGGGUCCCCGAUACGACAGCCCCUGGCGCAGAGCUGCUCCAGGUCCGGGCCGUGGAUGCUGACCGGGGAGCCAAUGCUGAGGUCCGUUACUCCUUCCUGAAAGGCAACAGCGAGGAUUUCUUCAACAUCGAUUCCCUCCUGGGUAUCAUCACGGCAGCCCAGAAACUCGAUCAGACAAAUCACGGCCGGUACACGUUGACCGUGAAGGCAGAAGAUCAAGGGUCCCCACGGAGCCACGACCUGGCUACAGUGACCAUUCACGUCUACCCCUCCGACAGCAGCGCCCCUGUCUUUUCACAACCUGAGUACUUCAUCGAGAUCCCCGAAUCCAUCCCUCGUGGUUCCCCGAUCCUCCUCGUAUCUGCCACCAGUCCCACGGAAGUCACCUAUGCGUUAAGAGAAGGAAAUAAGGACGGCGUGUUCUCCAUGAACCCCUAUUCUGGCCUCCUUUCCACCCAGAAGAACUUGGAUCAUGAGAAAAUCUCAUCUUACCACCUGAAAAUCCGGGGCAGCAACAUGGCGGGGGCCUUCACAGACGUCGUGGUCCUGGUGUACGUCAUCGACGACAACGACAAUGCGCCCGCGUUCAUCAAGCCCACCUUCGUGGGCUCUAUCAGUGAAGGGGCUCCCUUGCAUAGCAUGAUCGUGGAUGAGAACAACCAGCCUUUUGUCAUCCGUGCCUCCGACUCCGACAAAGAAGCCAACUCCUUGGUGGUGUAUCGGAUCUUAGCACCGGAAGCCCUGAAGUUUUUCAACAUUGACCCCAGUAUGGGGACCCUCACCGUGGCGUCAGAGAUGGAUUAUGAGACCGCACCCUCUUUCCAGUUCAACGUCUAUGUCCACGACCAAGGAAAUCCCAUCUUAUUUGCACCCAGGCCUGCCAAGGUCAUCGUCAAGGUCAGAGAUGUGAACGAUUCUCCCCCCAGGUUCUCGGAACAGAUCUACGAAGUGGUGCUCAGGGGACCCCCCCACUCAGGGAUGGAGCUCCUUGUGGUUCGAGCCAGCGAUGAGGACUCAGAAAUCCACUACAGCAUCAAAACCGGUAACGCAGAUGAAGCUGUCACCCUGCACCCCCUGAGCGGCCGUCUCUCUGUGCUGAACCCCGCUCUCCUAGGGGCAGCUCGGAAACUCUCCAUCCGGGCCUCUGAUGGUCUGUAUCAAGACACCGCACUGGUUAAAAUUUCCUUGGCCCAGAUCCAUGACAAGACUUUACGCUUCGAUCGGGAGGUGUACGGAGCAAGCGUGGACGAGAACAGGCAGGACCGGAAGGCACUGGUGAUCCUCUAUGUCCAGGAUCAUCAUUUGAAUGACACCCUGUCCUUCUUCCUCCUGAACGGCACGGACAGGUUUCGCAUGGUCCAAUCAGCAGGGGUGUUGCAAACGAGAGGCGUGGCUUUGGAUCGAGAACAGCAGGACACUCACGUGUUGGCCGUGGAAGUGAGGGACAAUCGCGUCCCUCCCAGGGUGGCUCAGGCAUUGGUCAGGGUCUCUGUGGGGGAUGUUAAUGACAACCCUCCUGUGUUUCAGCAUCUGCCCUAUUACACAACCAUCCAAGAUGGCACCGAGCCUGGAGAUGUCCUUUUUCAGGUAUCCGCGACAGAUGAAGACUUGGGAGCCAAUGGGACCGUUAGGUUUGCCUUGGCCGAAGAUUAUACCUAUUUCCGAAUUGACCCCUAUGUAGGAGACAUUACCCUCAAGAAACCCUUUGAUUACCAAGCUUUAAAUAAGUAUCGCCUCAAAGUGAUCGCUCGGGAUGGGGGGACCCCCUCCCUGCAGACAGAGGAAGAGGUGCUUGUGAUCGUGAGAAAUAAAUCCAACCCCCUCUUUCAGAGUCCUUACUACAAAGUCAGAGUUCCUGAAAACAUCACACUGUACACCCCGAUCCUCCAUACCCAAGCUCGGAGUCCCGAAGGCCUCCGGCUAAUCUACAACAUCGUAGAGGAAGAACCCCUGAUGCUGUUCACCACCGACUUCAAGACCGGAGUCCUCACAGUGACGGGGCCUUUAGAUUACGAGUCCCAGAGAAAGCACAUGUUCACGGUCCGAGCCACGGACACGGCGCUGGGCUCCUUUUCGGAAGCGACGGUGGAAGUGUUGGUGGACGACGUGAAUGACAACCCCCCCACGUUCCCCCAGUUGGUCUACACCACCUCGAUUUCCGAGGGGCUCCCCGCGCAGACCCCUGUGAUCCAACUUUUAGCUUCUGACCAAGACUCUGGGAAGAAUCAAGAUAUUUCGUAUCAGAUCCUAGAAGAUGGAUUGGGGGGCUCCCAAGCUUUCCGGAUCAACGGGAGCACCGGGGAGAUGUUCACAGCUCAGGAAUUGGACUACGAAGUCCAGCAAUAUUUUCACGUGAAGGUGAGAGCUGUGGAUAGAGGUGACCCCCCUCUCACUGGUGAAACCCUGGUGAUUGUGAAUGUGUCGGAUGUCAAUGACAACCCCCCCGAGUUCCGACAGCCUCAGUACGAAGCCAACGUCAGCGAGCUAGCGACCUGCGGACACUUGGUUCUUAAAGUCCAGGCCCUCGAUCCUGACCUGGGAGAUACCUCCCGCCUAGAGUACCUGAUUCUUUCCGGCAAUCAGGACCGCCACUUUUCCAUUAACAGGUCCUCAGGAGUCAUUUCUAUGUUCAACCUUUGCAAGAAACAAUUGGACUCUUCAUAUCAUUUGAGGGUAGGCGCUUCUGAUGGGGUCUUCCGGACCACCGUCCCUGUGUAUAUAAACACCACGAAUGCCAACAAGUUCAGCCCGGAGUUCCAGCAGCACAUUUACGAGGCAGAAUUGGCGGAGAACGCCAAAGUGGGGACCAAGGUGAUCGAGCUGUUGGCGAUCGACAAAGACAGUGGUCCCUACGGCACGGUCGAUUAUACGAUCAUCAAUAAGCUAGCCGGGGAGAAGUUCGCCAUCAACCCCCGAGGUCAGAUCACCACGCUGCAGAAACUCGAUCGGGAAAAUUCCACCGAGAGAGUGGUCGCCAUCAAGGUCAUGGCGAGGGACGGAGGGGGGAAGGUGGCCUUUUGUACGGUGAAAAUCAUUGUCACUGAUGAAAAUGACAACGCCCCACAGUUCAAGGCCUCGGGGUACACCGUGUCCAUCCCUUCCAAUGUCAGCCGAGGCUCUCCGGUCAUCCAGGUGUUGGCUUACGACGCCGACGAAGGCCGGAAUGCAGACGUGACCUACUCCGUGGACUCCCCGGAAGUCCUGGCUGAGGAGAUCGUCACCAUCAACCCCAGCACUGGAGUGGUGAAGGUGAAAGAGAGCCUGGUGGGGUUGGAAAACAGGGCUGUCGACUUCCAGAUCAAAGCCCAGGACGGUGGCCCCCCUCACUGGGAGUCGUUGGUGCCGAUCCGACUUCAAGUCGUUCCUAACGAAGUGUCUUUGCCCAAAUUCUCGGAGCCUCUGUAUACUUUCUCUGCAUCCGAAGACCUUCCAGAAGGGUCUGAAAUUGGGUUUGUUAAGGCUGUGGCCGGACAGGAUCCCAUUAUCUAUAGUCUAGUGGAAGGCACCACACCUGAGAGCAACAAGGAUGGGGUUUUCUCCUUGGACCAAGACACCGGGGUCCUAAAGGUGAGGAAAGCCAUCGACCACGAGUCCACUAAAUGGUACCAGAUUGAUCUGAUGGCGCACUGCCCCCACGAGGACAAGGACUUGGUGUCUUUGGUCUCCGUCAACAUCCAGGUGGAAGACGUCAACGACAACAAGCCUGUAUUCGAGGCGGAUCCCUAUAAGGCUUUCCUCACUGAGAAUAUGCCCGCAGGAACCACGGUCAUCCAAGUGACAGCCAAUGACCAGGACACUGGCACUGAUGGCCAGGUGAGUUACAGGCUUCUGGCUGAGUCUGGUAGCCAGAUCCACGAGCUGUUUGCCAUCGAUAGUGGGAGUGGCUGGAUCACCACGCUCCAGGAACUUGACUGCGAGGCCCAGCAGACCUAUCGCUUUUAUGUCGUAGCCUCUGACCAUGGACGGACCGUCCAGUUAUCUUCCCAGGCCCUGGUUGAGGUGUCCAUCACCGAUGAAAAUGAUAACGCGCCUCGAUUUGCUUUAGAAGACUACAGAGGCUCGGUGGUGGAGAAUAGUGAGCCGGGUGAGCUGGUCGCAACCUUGAAGACCUUGGAUGCUGACAUCUCAGAGCAGAACAGACAGGUCAUCUGCUACAUCACAGAGGGAGAUCCUCUGGGCCAGUUCAGCAUCCAUCAAGAUGGCGACGAAUGGAGAAUCUCCUCCAAAGAAACCCUGGAUCGCGAGCACACCGCCACGUACCUGCUCCGAAUCACAGCGUCAGAUGGAAAAUUCCAGACUUCUGUCCCUGUGGAAGUCUUUGUCCUGGACAUCAAUGAUAACAGCCCACAGUGCUCCCAGCUUGUCUACACUGGCAAGGUCCCUGAGGAUGUCUCUCCAGGACAUUCCAUUUUGAAAGUUUCGGCCACGGACGCGGACGCAGAUGCCAACGCUCAGAUCACAUAUUCUCUGCAUGGCCCUGGGGCGAGCGAAUUCAAGCUGGACGCUCACACAGGGGUCCUGACCACCCUCACAGCCCUCGAUCGCGAGCAGAAGGAUGUGUACAGCCUUGUUGCCAAGGCAACAGAUGGGGGCGGCCGUUCGUGCCAGGUGGACGUGAUCCUGCGCGUGGAAGACGUCAAUGACAAUGCCCCUCGCUUCUUCCCCAGCCACUGCGCCGUGGCUGUCUUCGAUAACACCACGGUGAGGACCCCCGUGGCUGUGGUCUUCGCCAGGGACCCUGACCAAGGUGCCAAUGCCCAGGUGGUCUACUCCCUGACGGAUUCUGCCGACGGCCAGUUCUCCAUCGACGCCGCCACGGGCGUGAUCCGGUUGGAGAAGCCCCUCCAAGCGAAACCGCAGGCGGCCUUGGAGCUCACCGUCCGCGCCUCAGACCUGGGCACCCCGGUCCCCAUGUCCACGCUGGGCACGGUCACCAUCUCCGUGGUGGGCCUGGAGGAUUACCUGCCCGUGUUCCUGAGCCCCGAGCACAGCGUGCAGGUGCGGGAGGACGCCCCGACGGGCGCCGAGGUGCUGCAGCUGGCCGCCCUCACGCGCCCAGGGGUGGAGGACGCCACCUACCACAUCCUGAGUGGGAAUGAGCAGGGCAGGUUCCGCCUGGAUGCCGGCACAGGAAUCCUCUAUGUCAACCAGAGCCUGGACUUUGAGGCCAGCCCCAAGUACUUCCUGUCCAUCGAGUGCAGCCGCCAGGGCUCUUCCUCCCUCAGUGACGUGGCCACCAUUGUGGUCAACAUCACAGACGUGAACGAGCACCAUCCCAGAUUCACCAGGGACCGCUACAGUGCCAGCGUGCCAGAGAACGCCUUCGUGGGCGACGUCAUUCUCACAGUGUCAGCCACCGAUGAGGACGGGCCCCUCAAUAGUGCUAUCACCUAUAGCCUCGUAGGAGGGAACCAGCUCCAGCAUUUCACCAUCCACCCCAAGAAGGGGGAGCUGCAGGUGGCUAAGGCCCUGGACUGGGAGCAGACACCCAGCUACUCCCUGCGGCUCCGGGCCACUGACAGCGGGCAGCCCCCACUGCACACGGAUGCUGAGAUGGACAUCCAUGUGGCUGAUGUGAAUGACAACCCCCCGCGAUUCUUCCAGCUCAACUACAGCACCACGGUCCAGGAGAACUCCCCCGCGGGAAGUAAAGUCUUACAGUUGAUCGUGAGCGACCCGGACUCCCCCGAGAACGGCCCGCCCUACUCCUUCCGGAUCACCCAGGGGAACAUGGCCGCCACCUUCCGAGUGACUCCCGACGGGUGGCUGGUGACCACGGGGGCCCUGAGCAGGAGGGCCCAGGUGUGGUAUCAGCUUCAGAUCGAGGCCUCCGACAGCGGUAUUCCGUCCCUGUCCUCCGUGACAUGGGUCCACGUCCACGUCACAGAGCCGAGCCACUACCCGCCCUCGGCCCUCCCACUGGAGAUUUUCAUCACCACCGGGGAGAAGGAGUUCCAGGGCGGCGUGGUGGGGAAGAUCCACGCCACGGACCGAGACCCUCAGGACACCCUGACCUACAGCCUGGCGGGCGAGCAGACCCUGGGUGGGGGCUUCUCCGUGGGGUCCACCGACGGCAAGAUCCUGGUCACCCAGGUACUGCCACGCGGCCGCUACUCCUUCAACGUCACAGUCAGCGACGGCACCUUCGCCACCACCGCCGGGGUCCACCUCCACGUGGGUCACGUGGGGCGCGAGGCCCUGCGCCAGGCCCUCUGGGUGGGGUUCCACCAGCUCACCCCGGAGGAGCUGGUGAGCGAUCACUGGCGAAACCUACAGCGUUUCCUCAGCCACAAGCUAGACGUCAAACGCGCCCACAUCCACCUGGCCAGCCUGCAGCCUGCCUCGGCGGCGGGGCCCGGUGUGGAUCUGCUCCUGGUCUUUGAAGGGCCUUCUAGAACAUUCUACCACCUCCAAGAAUGGGCGUCCAGCCUCGUUCACGCAGCCAAGGAGAUGGAGCAGUCGGUGGGGAUUCAGAUAAGGUCGGCCGUGCCCGUGGGGCUUUGCCAGGGGCCGAGCUGCCAGGAUCCAUCUUGCCACACGACGGUGCACCUGGACCCCAAUGUGGGGCCCCCCUACAGCACAGCCAGGCUCAGCAUCUUAACGCCACGACACCGCCUGGAGAGAAGCUGCUCCUGCAACGGCACUGCCGCCAGGUUCAACGGGCAGAGCUACGUGCGGUACCAGGCGCCCCCAGCUCGGGACUGGCAGGUCCAGUUCUACAUGAAGACUCUCCAACCACAGGCCUUCCUCCUCCUCACUAACAACACAGCAUCCGUUUCCUUGAAGCUGGCCGGGGGCGUACCGCAGCUGGAAUACCGCUGCCCGGGUGGUUUCUAUGGCAACCUUUCCUCCGGGAGCCCGGUGAACGACGGCCGGUGGCACUCCCUGCGGCUAGACGUGACCGACUCUUGGGUCCGCCUGUUGGCCGACAGCUCGGGCAACACCUCGCUCCGCAUCCCAGGGAACUGCCAGGGCCUGGGGCCCGAGGAGAGACGCCUGGUCCUGGGCGGCGGCCUCGGCCCUCCCCACGCGUCCUCCGGCGUCGCCCAGGGCUUCCGAGGCUGCCUGGACGGCGUGGUGGUCGACGGCGAGGGGCUGGAGCUGGUGGGCCGGGCGGCGCGGACGGCGGCGGGCGUGCUGGAGAGACGGGCGCUGAGCCGGUGCUGCCCGCACGGCGAUGUCUGCAGCCCGGACCCGUGCCUCAACGGGGGGACGUGCUCCCCGGCCCCCGCCACAGGCUACAUCUGCAACUGCGCCCCACCAUUCUCCGGGAGACACUGUGAACUACAGAGAGAGAACUGCACAUCUGCGCCGUGCCUGGAAGGGGGGACUUGCCUGUCCUCCCCGGAGGGAACUUCCUGUAACUGCCCUCACCCCUACACAGGGGACAGGUGUGAAAUGGAGGCCAGGGGCUGCUCGGAAGGACACUGCUUAAUCACGCCCAACAUCAAGCGGGGCGACUGGGGACAGCAGGAGUUACUGAUCGUCAUAGUGGCCAUCUUGGUCAUGGUGGUCGGCAUGGCCGGGUUUCUCCUCUACUGCCGCCGUUGCAAGUCUCACAAGCCUGUGGCCAUGGAGGACCCCGAUCUCCUCGCCAGGAGCAUUGGGGUGGACACCCAAGCCCUGCCAGCCAUCGAGCUCGACCCUCUGAACACCAGCUCCUGCACCAACUUGAACCAGCCGGAGCCCAGCAAGACUUCCGUUCCCAAUGAACUGGUCACCUUCGGGCCCAACUCCAAGCAGCAGCCCGUGGUCUGCAGCGUGCCGCCCCGGCUGCCCACCUCCGCCGCCGCCCCUCCACCCCCAGACCACCAGCGCAUCAUGAAAAGGGCCUGGUCUGGCGAGGAGAUGGUGUACCCCGGCAGAACCGCAGUCUGGCCCCCCACGUACUCCAGGAGCGACCGCUGGCAGUACCCGCCCUCCGAAGCGGCCCAGGACCCUCGGCCACCAUCGCCCCCCCAUCACGCAGAGCCCGCUGGCCUGUACGGGGGGUUCCCCUUCCCCCUGGAGCUGGAAAACAAGCGGGCGCCCCUCCCGCCCCGGUACAGCAACCAGAACCUGGACGACCUGUUGCCUCCCCUGGCCCCCGGCCCCGGGGAGCCCCUGCUGGCCCCGGCUCUCAACGAGUACACCGCCAUCAGCUACUACCACUCGCAGUUCCGGCAGGGAGUGGGGGGGCCCUGCGUGGCGGAGGGGGGCUACAAGGGGGUCAGCAUGCGGCUCAGCAGGGCUGGGCCCUCCUACGCUGACUGUGAGGUAGAGGGGGGACCUCCUGCAGGUCGGGGCCAACCCCGGGCUCCCCCCAACUAUGAAGGCUCAGACAUGGUGGAGAGUGAUUACGGGAGUUGUGAAGAAGUGAUGUUCUAGGCUUCAUGUUCUCAGAGGAAGGCGCCAGUCGGGGGGUGGGGGGCACCCCGUAUCUUCCAGUCUCCUAGGGAGUGA